AUGGAAAACGGUUCAUUAAACGAUUGGCUUCGAGAUUUGACUUGUCAAGAAAGUCAAACAUGGAAUAAUCGUAUUCGUAUUGCUUUAGAUGUUGCUAAAGGUCUUCAAUAUCUACAUAAUUUUGCGAAUCCAACAUACGUUCAUAAAGAUAUAAACAGUAGCAAUAUUCUAUUAACUAAGGAUCUACGCGCCAAGAUUUCAAAAUUUGGUCUUACAAAGUCAACAGAGAAGGGCGAGAACGUAAAUUCAUCCAUAAAAUGUCGUUCUGAGUCAAAGGGAAUUGAUAACGGGAAAAAAGCUGUGUAUGAGAAUGAUGAUGAUGGGGGACAAGUGAUGUUGUGUGAAGAAGUUGUACCGAUUAUGGGUGAUGGAAAUAAUGCGAAAAGUAUGGUUAAUUACAUUAUUGACCCUCGUUUGAAAGUUAGACAUGCACUCGGGUUUGUUAUAGAUCAAGAUGAACUUGCACUGCGUUUGGUGAAACUGAGUAUUGGUUGUUUGGAAAGUGAAGCAUCGAGAAGAUUAUGUAUGAACGAGAUUGUUUCUACUCUUAUGAUGAUUCAAAUGGAUCCACAACGCUUGGGUACCAUGUUUUUGGUGUAG